CUGUUCCGCCUCUCUCGCUGCCAUCACUAAGCCGAGUCGUGUUAUGAUGACAACAAGAAUAUUCAGCCGCGGGACGGAAAAUAUCUGAGUCUUAAACCCUGCCUUUUUUGUUUAUUUUCACGCGAUAGCUCGAUUAGCUUAUUGCCAGCGCAUUCCCGGUCCUCCUCCUCCAGCUCCCAGUGUGCCGCUUACCGACUGCCGCAGCCUGACAACCGCUACACAGUCUCCGGCAAGAUGCUACUACCACACUCCGGUCUGCUUAUCGACGUUCUCUGGAUUGUCAUCUUCAGUCCUGCUGGUGUGAAAUGUCUGAACGGCGAAAAAGAUCAGUCUCAAGACAUGGAGUGCAAAAUGAAAAGCGUUACGGUAUCCGCUUUGCCGUUUUUGCGAGAGAACGACCUAAGCAUCAUGCACAGCCCGUCGGCCUCCGAGCCCAAGCUGCUUUUCUCCGUCAGGAACGAUUUUCCGGGCGAGAUAGUCGUCAUUGACGACUUGGAAAAUACUGAGCUCCCGUACUUUGUAUUGGAGAUCUCUGGGAACUCUGAAGACAUCCCCCUGGUGCGCUGGAGGCAGCAGUGGUUGGAAAAUGGUACUUUGCUCUUCCACAUCCACCAUCAGGACGGCAGUCAGAACCUGCCUGGCCCGGCGGCCACCGCUUACCCCGCUAGUGACUCCGCCGAGGAGGAGCUUCGUAUCCUGCACAUCUCUGUCAUGGGUGGUAUGAUUGCUCUUCUGUUGUCCAUCCUGUGCUUGGUGUUGAUCCUGUACACUCGUAGACGCUGGUGUAAACGUCGCCGUGUGCCUCAGCCACAAAAGAGCGCUAGUGCUGAAGCAGCCAAUGAGAUUCACUACAUCCCCUCUGUGCUGAUGGGUGGACAGGCCCGGGAAAGUUUGAGAAAUUCGCGCGGGCAGGGUCACAAUUCGAGUGGCACCCUCAGCAUCCGUGAGACUCCGAUCUUGGACGGGUACGAGUAUGACAUUACAGACCUACGCCACCACCUGCAGCGGGAGUGCAUGAAUGGCGGUGAGGACUUCACCAGUCAGGUGACACGUACGCUCGACUCACUUCAAGGGUGCAAUGACAAAGCUGGCAUGGAUCUCACUCCAGGGAACGAUAGUACAAAGCUGUCCCUGAUGAGCAAGUACAAGGAUAACAUCAUAGCUACCAGUCCUGUCAACAGCAACCACCAGCAAAACACGCUCCUCCCACACAACACCUCCACCAACCAGCGCAAGCGUCUGUCCAGCAAAACGCACGCGGGUUCAACUUUCCUGAACCCGGACGGGGACUCUGGGACAGAGGCGGACAGUGAGCCGCAGCUAACCUUCUACACCGACCCAAACCGCAGCCGCCGUCGCAGUCGAGGUUCCCCACGGAGCCCUAUCAACAAGACCACCCUGACUUUGAUCAGCGUGGUGAGCUGUGUGAUCGGCCUGGUCUGCGCGUCUCACCUCUCCUGUAGCCUCAACGUCAGAGUCAUACUCCACGUUCCAGAGCACCUCAUUGCAGACGGCUCCAGAUUCGUUCUGCUUCAGGGCAGCCAGUUGGACGCAUCUGAUUGGCUGAACCCAGCCCAGGUGCUGCUGUACUACCAGCAGAAUGCCAGUGGCCCCUGGGUCAAUGAUCUGUGUGGCCGCCGUCUCUUGGACCCCUGUGAGCACCAAUGUGACCCAGAUACAGGAGAAUGUCUCUGUUUCGAUGGCUACAUGAAGGACCCUGUUCAUAAGCAUCUAUGUAUUCGCAAUGAAUGGGGCCCAAAUCAGGGCCCAUGGCCCUACACAAUUUUCCAGCGUGGCUUUGACUUGGUGAUGGGAGAGCAGCCAUCUGAUCGCAUUUUUAGAUUCACAUACACUCUUGGAGAAGGCAUGUGGCUGCCACUUAGCAAAAGCUUUGUCAUUCCUCCAGCUGAGCUGGCCAUCAACCCCUCUGCUAAGUGCAAGACAGAUAUGACUGUCAUGGAGGACGCCGUGGAUGUCAGGGAGGAGCUGAUGAUUUCUUCGUCCUUCGACAGUCUGGAAGUGCUGCUCGACUCUUUUGGCCCGGUGCGCGACUGUUCAAAAGACAAUGGAGGCUGCAGCCGAAAUUUCCGUUGCAUCUCUGAUCGCAAACUGGACUCCACCGGCUGUGUGUGUCCUCCUGGUUUGAGCCCGAUGAAGGAUGGCAGCGGUUGCUAUGACCACCACAUUGGCAUUGACUGCUCUGACGGCUUUAAUGGGGGCUGUGAACAGCUGUGCCUUCAGCAGCUGGCACCUCUGGAGGAGGACCCUACUCUCUACAACAUCCUGAUGUUCUGCGGAUGUAUUGAAGAUUAUAAGAGAGGAGCAGACGGUCGCUCAUGUCAGCCGCUGUCAGAAGCCUGCACUGAGGGAGUGGACUGCGGGGACACAGCUGACAUCCCGGGCAACCAGACUGUGUUUGGGGACCUCUUCUACGGCUACAAUAACCACACCAAAGAGAUUACAUCAGGACAGAUCCUUAAGGCUUCCUUCAGGCAGAAGAACUUUGCCCGUGGCAUCGAGCAGCAGCUCCCGGAUGGCAUGGUGGUUGCGUCUGUGCCGACUGAAGCCCAGUGUCAUGAGGAGCUGUCUGACCCAGUACCUGAUCCAGAGUACCUGACUGGUAUGGUAAACUACAGUGAGGUCACUGGUUACCCAUUGGUUCAGCACUGGAAGCUGCGUUCUAUUAUGUACCAUGUAAAGCUCAAUCAGUGGACCCUCUCCCAAGCCUUCAGUUCAGCAAUUCAUUCACUGGAUGGGGCCACCCUGCGCAGCGAUUUUGUGUCCAUUUUAAAAGAGUUUGGCAACCAUUUUAUCCAGGAGGCAGUGUUUGGCUUUGAGGAAUCCUGUACCAUAUGGUAUCCCAACAAGCAAGUCCAACGCCAGCUGUGGUUGGAGUAUCAAGACAUCAGCAAAGCCUUCAGUUCAGCAAUUCAUUCACUGGAUGGGGCCACCCUGCGCAGCGAUUUUGUGUCCAUUUUAAAAGAGUUUGGCAACCAUUUUAUCCAGGAGGCAGUGUUUGGCUUUGAGGAAUCCUGUACCAUAUGGUAUCCCAACAAGCAAGUCCAACGCCAGCUGUGGUUGGAGUAUCAAGACAUCAGCAAAGGGAACCAUGGUUACAUGCCUAACCUGAGACGUUCCAUUUCGAAAGGGAACUUGCGCUGCAUCCCCUAG